UCGAAAAAGAUCAAAACCCACACGCCCACGGUUUCCAUUUCCAUACUCUUUUUCCUCGAACUCAUACAUCAUUCAACCAUAUCCCCAAUCCCCUAAUUUCCUUCAAAAUUCCACUCAUCCCUCGCCCCCCAACAAACCCCAAAUGCCCUUUCAACAUUCUGCCGCCGUGAGCGGCGACCCACUUCCCCACCCACCUCCACCGCCUAAGCCUGAAACUCAACUCCUUUCUCUGCUUCUCAAAAUCGCCAUCAUGAUUCUCUUAACCACUCUCUUCUUCGUCUUCCUCGGCCUCGCCACCGCCCUACUCCUUAUCCACCUCUGCGUCGCUAGUGCCCUCCAUCGCCGUCGCCGAUUCCACAGUCGACGUUCCCAAUACUCCGAUUCCUCAUCUGGGUUCUCCCAUCGUGACCUCAAAAAGCUUCUCCAGUUCCGAUUCUCCAAUUGGGUCAAUCCCCAUUCUCAAAUUGACUGCUCUAUUUGUCUUGAUGGGUUUAGAAAAGGUCAGUGGUGUAGGAGACUUGGUGGGUGUGGACAUGUUUAUCACCGGAAGUGUAUUGAUUCGUGGUUAGUUAGGGUUUCUGCUUGUCCUCUUUGCCGACGAUGUGUUCGGUUGGAUAUGGAAGAACAUGAAAUUGAUUGCGUAAGUUCUCGGAACUUUGAGCUUUUUUAUGCUCUGUAACUGCUUUUAACUUUAGUUUAGUUUCUUCUUUCUUUUGAUUAUGUUCCUCUUUUAGAUGUAUAUAUAGUUGAAUCAAUGUUAUUCGAUGAAGGUUUCUUUUGGUAA